CGAUAGCAAAUUGUGAACUUUUGUGCGAAUGAGAAAUAACCAUUCCUGAAACUAUUUCCAAAUAUCGAAAUGAUUAAAGCUAUCUUGGUGUUUAACAAUCAUGGAAAACCAAGGCUGUCCAAAUUCUAUCAAUACUUUGAUGAAAGUCUGCAGCAGCAAAUAAUCAAGGAGACGUUUCAACUUGUUUCGAAGCGCGACGAUAAUGUUUGUAAUUUUCUUGAAGGCGGCAGUCUUAUCGGUGGUUCAGAUUAUAAACUCAUCUAUCGACAUUAUGCCACCUUGUACUUCGUUUUCUGCGUUGAUUCCUCCGAGAGUGAGUUAGGUAUUCUGGAUCUGAUACAAGUUUUUGUCGAAACUUUAGACAAAUGCUUUGAGAAUGUUUGUGAACUGGAUUUGAUAUUUCAUGCCGAUGCAGUCCAUCAUAUUCUUUCUGAGUUGGUAAUGGGUGGGAUGGUACUGCAAACCAACAUGACUGAUAUAAUGUCCAGAAUUGAGGAACAAAACAAGCUGGUUAAACAAGAAGCCGGUAUAUCAGCAGCUCCAGCACGGGCCGUAAGUGCUGUAAAGAGCAUGAACAUUCCCCAGCAGAUUAAGGAUAUAAAGUUGCCUGCCAUUAAGGACUUAAAGUUCUGACCAUGUAAUUCAUACGACAUGUCUACCAAUCCCAAUUGUUAUCAUCUCAACAAAAAAUAUGAGAGUGCUAUAUAUGGGUGUUCCUUGGAAUGCAAUUUCGGGUCUUAUCAAUUGCAAAGAGUUAAUAAAGAUAAAAUCUCCAAUGACCAAAUUACAGUUGAAAGUUGGUUUAAUAAUCAUUCCGCAUCCGAUGACUAACACGCAAACAUUAUUGUGCUUAAAAUUAAGUUAUAUUCAUUUUAAAGUGUUUGAUAGAAAUAUUUAAAUAAAUAAUUAUAAUAAAGAUAACAUAAUUAUAAUCAUUUGAAAAAU